AUUGCUAUGGUCGAGGCUAUUAAGAAGAGAAAGGUUGAGGCCGAAGGACCCGGUUCCGUGUCCAAGCCCCAGAAGCCUUCAAGAAUUUUUUCCCCCUUCAGAGUGGUUGGUAAUGUUUCCAAUGAUGUCCCAUUUGCAGUGGGUACCCUUGGUUCAACAUUUUAUAUUGUCACUUCAGUUGGACGUUCAUUCCAGAUCUACGACGCUGCCACUUUGCAUUUGCUUUUUGUUUCCCAAUCCCAAACUCCUUCCAGAAUUACUGCCUUAGCUGCUCAUUAUCAUUAUGUCUACGCUGCUCAUGGUAACAAGAUCGGGGUCUACAAGAGAGGUCGUUUAGAACAUACUAUUGUUCUUGAAGAAGCUGGAAACUCCACUGUCAAUAACUUACUCGUCUUUGGUGAAUAUCUUGUUGCAUGUGCCGGUGACAACGUUUACGUGUUGAAGAAGAGCACUGGCUCGAAAGUUCCCUUGGAGUUGUACACAACUUUACGUUCUAUCAAUGCUCAACUUGAUGGUGAAAUCGUUGGGCUUAUCCAUCCACCAACUUACUUGAACAAAAUUGUCGUGGCUACCGCGGGUCAUCUUUUUGUUUUCAACAUUAGAACUGGUAAACUUUUAUUCAAGACAGUUGAUCAACAAUUCGGUGAAGCUAAUGGAAGCAUUUCAUGUAUCGAAUCAGCCCCAAUUUUGGAUGUUCUUGCCGUUGGUACCACAGUAGGCUUGGUAUACUUGUAUCAUUUGAAGAGAGGUAAGGUGUUGUCGCAAAUCGCCACCAAUGCAAACCAGAGUACUCCUGCCAAGGUUACAAGUGUAUCUUUCAGAACCGAUGGCUCAUCUCAUUUAGUUGCCGGGUUAAAUACUGGUGAUUUAUUCUUUUAUGAUUUGGAAAGACAAUCCCGUGUCCAUGUCUUGAGAAAUGCCCACAAGGAAGCACACGGAGGUGUUUCCAACGUCAAGUUUUUGAAUGGCCAACCUAUUGUAGUAACCAAUGGUGGUGACAACCAGUUGAAGGAAUACGUUUUCGACCCUUCAUUAUCCACAUCGAACUCUGCCAUUGUUUCACCACCACGUCAUUUACGUUCUAGAGGUGGUCAUUCGCUGCCUCCUGUGGCCAUCGAGUUCCCACAUGAAGAUAAAUCUCAUUUCCUUUUGAGUGCCUCGAGAGACAGAUCAUUCUGGUCAUUCUCCUUGCGUAAGGAUGCUCAAGCACAAGAACUUUCUCAAAGACCAUUAGCAAGCAACAAAAGACAGGCUGGUCCAACUAUGAGAGAAAAAUUCCCAGAAAUUACUUGUUUGGCCUCAUCUCAAACCCGUGAAGAUGAUUGGGAAAACAUUCUUACUGGUCACAAGGAUGAAGUAUUUGCUCGUACAUGGAACAGUAAGUCCAAGAGAGUUGGUCGUCACCAUUUGGCUACCAUCGAUGGAGGUGUCGUGAAGAGUGUUUGUAUUUCUCAUUGUGGGAACUUUGGUUUAGUUGGUUCUUCCAAUGGUGGAAUUGGAUCUUAUAACUUACAAUCUGGAAUGUUACGUAAGAAGUACGUUUUGCAUAAGAACAAGGCUGUUACUGGGUUGGCCAUUGACGGUAUGAACCGUAAGAUGGUCAGUACUGGUUUGGAUGGGAUUGUAGGAUUCUAUGAUUUCACCAUGCUGAAAUAUUUAGGUAAGAUUCAACUUGAGUCACCUAUUACUUCGAUGAUUUAUCAUAAAUCUUCUGAUUUGAUUGCAUGUGCAUUGGAUGACUUGAGUAUUGUUAUUGUCGAUGUUAUCACACAAAAGGUUGUUAGAGUAUUAUACGGUCACACCAACAGAAUCACAUCGAUGGAUUUCUCACCUGAUGGUAGAUGGAUUGUUUCCGUGGCCUUGGAUGCAACCAUGAGAACUUGGGAUUUACCAACAGGUGGUUGUAUUGAUGGUGUUCGUCUUCCAAGUGUUGCAACCAGCGUCAAAUUUUCCCCAAUCGGUGAUUUGCUUGCAACUACACAUGUCUCUGGUAAUGGUGUUUCAUUAUGGACCAACCGUGCUCAAUUUAGAGCUGUUUCUACUAGACACGUUGAGGAUGAUGAAUUUUCCACCAUUUUGUUACCAAAUGCAUCUGGUGAUGGUGGCUCGACUAUCCUUGACGGUGCCUUCUUGGAAGAAGGUGAAGUGGAAGAAGUCGCAGAGACUUAUACAUCAGUGGAUCAAAUUGAAGAUUCAUUAGUGACUUUAGCUGUUUCAGAAUCUAGAAGUAAGUAUAACACAUUAUUGCACUUGGAUACUAUUAAGCAAAGAAAUAAGCCAAAGGAAGCACCUAAGAAACCAGAAAGCGCUCCAUUUUUCUUAUCUUUAUCUGGAGAAAGUGUUGGAGAUAGAGCAUCUGUUGCUGAAGGUGCUGCUCCUAAGAAGAAGUCCGAUGAAGAAAAUGAAACCAAUGGUGAAAGUAAGUUGCAUCAAUUGAAGUCUGAUGGAACUUAUACUUUUGAAUCUAAAUUUACCCAAUCGCUUAGAGAAGGUAGUGAAAAUGGUGAUUUCAGCGACUUCUUGGCUUACCUCGUAGCACUUUCACCUGCUGCUACUGAUCUUGAAGUUAGAUCAUUGAACACAUUUGCUCCAUUGACUGAAAUCAUCAACUUUGUGCGUGCAUUGACCCAAGGUUUGAAUACCAACAAUAACUACGACUUAUACCAAGCCAUUUUUUCAUUAUUCUUGAAGCAUCACGGAGAUGUUGUGAAGAACUACAACAGUGGUGAAUUGGCUGAAGUUUUGGAAGCAUGGGGAGCUGCUAAUAACGAACACAAGGACUCCAUGGACGAAUUAGUCAAGUAUUGUUCUGGUGUUAUUAGUUUCUUAACCACCGUGUAA